UACGUCACUUCUCCUGCGGGAAAACCAACUUGUUGACAUGUCGGACAUUUAGAGGGCUUUAUCUCCGUGUGAGGAGGUUUACUGCGGCGUCUGCGCAGGAACUCACCGUUUAACGCACUCAGGUGUUGCUAUUCUCCGUUGGUCCAUGGAGUCUGAGGAACCCUCAGGGUCCGGUUCUGCGGGAUCCGGCUCGGCGGCGUCCGGCUUCGUGGACAGCUCCAUCCGGGAGCGGACCAUCGCGGAGAACAGCCUGGUGGUGCUGCUGCAGGGUCUGCAGGGUCACGUGACCACGGUGGAGCUGCGGAACGAGAGCGCGGCGCGCGGCCGCCUGCUCAGCGUCGACGCCUUCAUGAACGUGCGCCUGGAGGACGUGCUGUACCGGGACCGGGCCGGCCGCUCGGCCCGGCUCAAGGACCUGUUCGUCACCGGCAGGAACGUGCGCUACGUGCACAUCCCCGACGACGUGGACAUCAUGGAGACCAUCCAGAGCCAGCUGGCCAAGAUCCACCGCGUGCGCAACUUCGGCAGCGAGGGCGGCGGCAGGAAGGAGUUCCAGAAGAAGAAGUGACGAUGUCGGAACGGGUCGAUGUUCCCCGACGGCUCCGAGAGGAGAGACUCCAAACGCCUCAGACGGCGUCCGGACAAAAUGACUCCAUCAUGAUCGAGAACAACAACUGAAAACGUUUCAGCUUUUUUAAAACAAAUGACCAAAACUUAAUCUUGUCUGGACCUUUAAACCUGUGAAAGUUUAAAUAUAUGUUGAAAACUAAGUUUAUUUCAUCAUCGACGCUUCCAGGUGUCAACCUGAGAAAAGCAGAGAAAAAAAACUCUUCCACUUAUUUUGUGUAUUUAAAUUUUUUUUUGUAAAU